AUGGCCGACGCACUCCGAUACACGAUCCACCAGUACGGCACGCAUGAACUUCAACGCGUAGGGGUAUGGGAUCUAGACGUCGACGACAGGGCGAAAUACUGGAUCGUCUACAUCCACGGCGGCGCAUGGCGGGAUCCCCGCAUCACACACGAGACUUUCAAAGCGAUUGUGUCACACAUCUUACAGAGUCACGGCGAAGGAGUAAGAUCAAGUAUAGCGGCUUUCGCAUCUAUUGAUUACCGCCUCUCCCCGCAUCCGGACUUCCCCCAGGACCCCGCGGGGACUCCGCCAUCCCAGUACCGCGACGCCAUCCACCCGGAUCAUCUAGAUGACGUGCGCUCUGCGAUCGCGUUCCUUCAGAGUAGCUUUGGUUUCGCGGGGAAGUAUGUCCUAGUUGGGCAUUCGGCGGGCGCGUGUCUCGCGUACCAGGUACUAGCGGGAUUGUCUUCACCUUCUUAUCGGCCCGAUCGUAGAGCGGGGGAUGAUGUUGAGGGGCGAAAGGGGGAAUUGAAAUUACCCGGAGCCGUGUUUGGCUUUGAGGGCAUUUACGACUUCACUGGUCUCAAUGCGCGUGUUGAUGGGUCAUAUGCUGGAUUCUUGACAGCGGCGUUUGGACAGCCUGAGAAAUGGGAUGCUGCGGCGCCGUUGAAGUAUGAAGGUAACUACGGCGAUCGCUUUAAUGGAAUCGCGGCGCUGGGGCACUCGCCUGAUGAUGAAUUGGUAGAUGCGCAAGAGACGGAAGGCAUGGUAGAGCGGCUGCGAAAGGAUGAAGUUGAGGUAUUGGUUGUGGAAGGAUUGAGAGGUAAGCAUGACGAGGUCUGGCAGAAUGGAGAUGGUGUCGCGAACGCGAUAAUGAGGAUACUAGCUCUCCUACGAAAGAGGUCGAUACCGUAA